AUGUCUUACCCAAAUACAGAGGGAAUACGACCUCGAAAGAACCCUGCUGAUACUUUUAGAAAGCAAAACUACUGGAAUACCCAAGUGAAACCAGACCCGCCGCCGUGGUAUGUCUGGGACCACAAGUUACCUAUGACCAGGAGUCGUAGUGAGUCAAACAUGAUGGGCGUGAAAUCACAAACAAUCCCGAUAUACACCACGGAAGAGUUCCGUAAAGACCUGCGAGAAUAUCUGAUGACGUCCACUUUGCAUGGACUCCGGUACAUUGGAGAGAAAAAGCUCACGUGGUUCGAAAGAUUUUUCUGGCUAACGGCAUUCUGUUGCUCACUGGUAUGCGCUGCCUUCUUCAUCCUGAACAUCUACAACAAAUGGCGGUUAUCGCCGAUGAUAGUGAGCGUCAACCCUGAGAACAUUCCUCUGACCAGCUUGCCAUUCCCAGCCAUCACCAUCUGCAACGUCAACCAAGCGAAGAAGACCGUUGCUGAACGUUAUAAACACUUUGGAGAUCUUGUGGAUAUAAAGCUCCUAGAAAGCCUGUGUGUUGAUGAAGAUCAGGCUGCAGACAUCUUCGAAGAUGACGUCGCAGGGUCCGCCGACUGGGACCACACACGACAAUUUCUGAUAAAUGUAACCCAACCGUGCAACGAGAUGCUGCUAGACUGUACGUGGAACUCGAAGUCAAUGAGCUGCCAGGACCUGUUCAACGCGCAACUGACUGACGAAGGAUUGUGCUGCACCUUCAACGCUGUGCACAGGGACUACAUGUUCAGGGACCCAAAAAACAUAAAUGACAUGAACAUCACUUUUCCUUCGCCCUCUGUGGAUUGGACGCCCGAAGGGGGAUAUCCACCUGAUUCACCACCGGAUGGAUUUCCCUGGAGACCAAAAGGGGUUGGUACUCACCACGGGUUAUCAUUGGUAGUGGACGCCAACGUGGCUGAAUACUACUGUGCUUCAACAAAGAGUGCAGGAUUUAAGAUCCUGCUUCAUAAUCCAACAGAAACACCGAAAAUAGCAAAUCUAGGAGAGAUAUACGGAGCAGGCAUAGAAGCUCGCGUGGCCAUACAACCUCGUAUUUUGGACGCUCAAUCUGCUCUAAAUACAAUUGAUAUAAGGAAGAGGCUGUGUUGGUUCUCUAGUGAAAAGACAUUGGCGUUUUUCAGGACUUACACUAUGCGGAACUGUGAAAUGGAAUGCGAAGCCAAACAGAUGUUGGAACUUUGCGAAUGCGUUCUGUAUUAUAUGCCCAAAAAUAGAACCACGCGUGUUUGUGGCAAAGCAGAUGCAAAGUGCUACUCUAGCGUAUGGAAAAAUACUAGCCUGGCACAAGAUCGCCUGUGCGAGGACUGCAUGCCGUCAUGCUCGGAGUUGUCCUACACGGAGCGUAUCAGCAGCGCGGCGCUCAGCGAGCGGCUCGUGGAGCAGUUGGCCAAGCAGCUCAACCAUCGGACUGCUGACUAUUUCAAAAAAAACAUGUUAGUCGUACAUUUCUACUUCGAAGAUGGUAAAUUCCAGAGAUUCACCAAGGGAGAGAUUUUUGGACUCACGGAGUUUCUUUCUAACACGGGAGGCUUGCUAGGGCUAUGCAUGGGCUUCAGCGUGAUGAGUGCGGUGGAGCUGCUCUACUUCUGUACCCUGCGGGCGCUUUGUCUGGCGAGCCGACGGCGACCACGACCCUUUACUAAAUAA